UAACAACACAGACUGGAAUUCAUUCACUUUUUGGAGCUGGGAACUUCUUGAGUGACACACUGGAGAAGACUCAAGGUGCCAACCAUGGAUCCGAAUUUGUUCGGAGGGGCCCCGAGGUUCCUCACCCGUCCCAAGGCCUUUUCUGUGUGCAUGGGCAAGGACACCACCCUGAGCUGCACCAUCGUAGGCAGCCCCACGCCGCUCAUCACCUGGGAGAAGGAGAAGCUGAAGCUGACAUCCGGGGGUCGCUUCAAGACCGUAGAGGAUGGUGAAGUGUACCGUCUCACCAUAUAUGACUUGGCGUUGGAAGACAGCGGCCAGUACCUGUGCAGGGCCAAAAACAACAUCGGGGAGGCCUAUGCUGCUGUGACCCUGAAAGUGGCCCUUCCCACAGAGUUGGCUCCCAGGGCGCCCGUGUUCAUGACCAAGGCCUCCUCAGCACGUGUAGGUUUAGGCGGUGAUGCCGUUUUCCACUGCAGAGUUGUAGCCCACCCUGAAGCCAACUUUGACUGGGAGAAGGACGGACGCUACCUGGGCGAAUCCAACCGCGUCAAGAUUGUGUCCGACAGCGACAGCAGCACCUUGAAGAUCCAGAGCGUACGCAACCUGGACAGCGGCACCUAUACAUGUAGGGCCCAGAACACCUUGGGUCGGGCUCACGCCUCCGCUGCCCUCGUGGUAGACGCUCAGGACGUCCACCUGCUCUCCUCCGACAACCACACCUCCCUCCUCUCUCACCUCCAGAAGCGCAAAGAAGAAAUGAAGAAGGACAUCUCUGUUUUUCGCACGGAGGGCACCACAUCUUCCUUCUCCUCCGGCAAAAUCACUGACGGUUUGGAACACGAGGUGAGGUCGUCGGUCCUGGCAAAGCUGCCCAAGGGCGUGUUCACCCGCACGUGCACCGUCACUGAGGGCAAGCACGCCAAACUGAGCUGCUUUGUAACAGGUCACCCUAAGCCACACAUCAUUUGGAGGAAGGAUGGGACUAACAUCAGCGAGGGCCGCCGCCACGUCAUAUAUGAAGACUACGCUGAGAACUUCAUCCUUAAAAUCCUAUACUGCAAGCAGAGCGACAACGGCUUCUACACCUGCAAUGCCACUAAUAUGGCGGGACAGACCUACAGUGCUGUGCUGGUAACAGUUAAGGAGCCAAAUGUGCCGUUCAGGAGGAAGCUUCAAGAUGUGGAGGUCCAAGAGAAAACGUCGGCUACGCUGAUGUGCGAGGUGCCGGUCAUUAGCAACAUGACCAACUGGUUCAUGGAGGAGACACGUCUGGAACAAAACGGCAAGUAUCGCAUGGAUGAACAAGGCACCCUGCGUCGUCUAACCAUACACAACGUGACCACCAACGACGACGGCGUGUACAUCUGUGAGAUGAAGGAGGGCAGCCGCACUGUGGCCGAGCUCACCGUUCUGGGCAACAUUACCAAGAAGCUUCCUCGGAGGACAGUGGUUCCCGUUAGUGACACUGUAAUCUUCUGUGUGGAGCUGGAGCGUUCCUGCCCUGAUGUCUACUGGACCCGCAAUGGCAUCAAACUUAAGGAGGAUUCACGUAUUUCCAUCGCUUGCCUGCUCAGACAGUACACCCUCACUAUUAGAGAGUGUCAGGCGGAAGACUCCGGAGAAGUGGCAUUUGUGGCUGGAGACUGCAAGACGUCCACCCGAUUCUCUGUCACUGCGGCAAGGAAGCAUCCUCCCGAGCCCCCAGUUGAUGCCGUGGUGCAGAACAAGACUGACUCAUCCAUCACCCUUCAAUGGUCUCCUCCUGACAGUGACCGCCCUGUACCAAUCAAGGGCUACGUCGUAGAGAGGAGAAAAGUCGGAACUCAGACAUGGCAGAGAUGCAACGCUGGAGAAACGAUUUUGUCCACAGAGAUCAUGAUCUCUAACUUCAUAGAGGAAGCCACUUACCAAUUCCGCAUCUCUGCGACCAACGACUUUGGCCAGAGUCCCUACCUUGAAGUGCCUGGAAGCUUCUACCUUGAGCCCACUGCAGAAAUCAUAAAAGGCCUCGUGAGUAGCACUGCAGUGUCUGGCGAGGAGUUCUCCAUCUCAGUGGAGCUGUCGGCCGUUUGCUCGGGCUUCUGGUCUCUCAGCGGGCGUCUCUUGCGCAGUGGAGGCGACUACCUCAUCACACGCUCCAAGAACUUGCACACUCUGCUUAUACGGAACGUGACUCAGGACAUGAACGGUGCAGAAAUGAAGUUUGUGGGCGGAGGCUCGCAGAGCAGUUGUAUCUUAGCCGUAAAGGCCCCCACUGUCAUGUUUGUUAAUAAGUCAAAUCAGCUACAGGUGGUGACCUGCAGCGCCCAAGCCACCGCUCAGAUGACGACUGAGGUGUCGGAUUACGAUGCACAGGUUGUUUGGAUGAGAAAUGGCCGAGAGGUAAAAUUGGGCAAGAAGUAUGAAAGCGUGAUCAUGGACCGCAGGAGGAUCCUCAUGGUCCACAACGUUACAGAAGAAGAUGUGGGCAUUUAUGAGUGUGUUUGCGGUGAUGACAGAAUGUCCAUGCAGCUCGCUCUUAAAGAUGAACCCCCAAAGUUUCUGAACAAGCCGAGGGGUCCCAUGGGCCUGGUAUCCUCUUUGAAAGGAGAUCUUGAGCUGAGCUGUGAAGUCUGUCCUGCCAGCACGACAGUGGUGUGGAAAAAAGACCUAGUGGAGAUCACUGAGGACCAAAGAACUAGCAUAAUCUCCAAAGGAAUCCUAAGGAAACUCAUCAUCAAGAAUGCCAAAAAAAGCGACCAAGGUCAAUACACUUGUGAGACAGGCGCCGACAAAUUCACAUUCCAGGUGAAGAUUAAAGAAACUCAAGCCCAGCCUGCUUUCUCCAAAAAGGAGUCAGUGCAAAAGGAAGUGAAGGCUGUUCUCUCCCAAAAAGCCACCCUUAGUUGCACAAUGUCGGACAGCCAGACAGAAGUGAAAUGGUACAAAGACAGCAAGUUGCUCACAUCCAGCCGGACGAUCUACUCUGAAGUCAAUGGCAGUACUCGUCUGUUGGUGAUUGAAAAAGUGGAGAGGAGUGAUGCUGGAGAGUACACCUGCGAAGCUGGAGGAGAGAAGCUGGUCUUUAAAUUAAUGGUGCAUGAUGAUCAGUCGCCCUUCUUCAACAAGGAAUCGGUCCAUAGAGAAGUGAGUGCCUCUCUCUCCCAGAGAGCCACUUUAAGCUGUGAAGUAUCUGACUCAAACAAGGAGGUGAAAUGGUACAAAGAUGGCAAGCUGCUCUCCUCUGGCAAGAAAAUACACGCAGAGUCGAAGGGCAAGAGUCGCCAGCUAGUGAUUGAGAGUGUUGAGCAGAAAGAUGCCGGGGAGUACAUAUGUGAGGCUGGGUCAGAGAAGCUAGCUUUUAAAAUCCAUGUGACUGAGCCUCCGUCAGCCUUCUUCAACAAAGGAGAGAAAGCCACGCUGAGCUGCAAAUUGUCUGAUUCCAAGACAGAGGUGAAAUGGUACAAAGACGAGAAGCUGCUUGUCAUGGGCAAGACACUGCGUACAGAGGUGAAAGGCAAGACAUGUCAGCUGGUGAUUGACAGUGUGGAGAAAAAGGACGCUGGGGAAUACAUCUGUGAGACUGGAGCUGAGAAGCUGAUCUUUAAACUCCAUGUGACAGAUCUUCCAACUAGCAAAGCAGCCUUCUCUAAUACUGACUCACUUCAGAGAGAGGUGAUAGCCUCCCUGUCCCAGAAAGCGCUCCUUACCUGUGAAGUGUCCGACAUCAACACAGAAGUGAAAUGGUACAAGGAUGGCAAAGUGCUGGCCUCCAGUAAGAGUAUACGUGCAGAGUCCAAGGGCCAGAGUCGCCAGCUGGUGUUUGACAGCGUGGAGAAGAAGGAUGCUGGGGAGUACAUCUGCGAGGCUGGAAGUGAGAAGCUGACGUUCAGGAUACAAGUGGCAGCCGUUCAGCCCAAGUCGGCCUUCUCCAACAAGGAGUCCAUCCAGAAGGAGGUGAAAGCUCUUGUCUCUCAGAAAGCUACCUUGACCUGUGAGGUGGAGGAGUCCAAGACUGAGGUAAAAUGGUACAAGGAUGGCAAGCUGCUGUCUUCGAGCAAGACUUUACGCAUGGAGUCGGAGGGCAAGAGUCGACACCUUGUGAUCGACAGUUUGGUAAAGGAGGAUGCUGGAGAAUACACCUGUGUGGUUGGAACUGAGAAGCUGACAUUCAAGAUACAAGUGGCAGCUGAACCUGCCAAGUUUGAGAAGAAGGCUGUCAAGGACACAUCAUUUAUUAUUCAAGCGAGUGAGAACAUUGUUUUGACCAGCGAGCUGACGGCUGAGAGCAGCGUGAAGUGGUUUAAAGACGGCGUGGAGCUUAAAGAGAGCAGCAAGUACCAAAUGAAAAAAGACCGUCUCUCGCGCACUCUCGUUGUCAAAUCCACCGAAUCUAAAGACAGUGGUGUGUACUCCUGUCACACAGCAGAUGACAAAUUGGAUUUUAAAGUCCAGGUUAAAGAGGCAGUGUUGAAGUUUGUUGUUCCAUUGAAAGCCUCAACAUUGGAUUUAGGGGGCACGCUGAGUCUGAUGUGUGAAUUGAACCAAGCCUCGGGAGAUGUCGUGUGGCACCAUGGUGGUUCUGAGAUUAAACCCGGAGGCAGGAUGUGCAUAAAGACAGACGGUGCUAAGCGAAUUCUCACGGUGACCGGCAUGACUCGGGAAGACGGAGGCGAAUACAGCUGUGAAUGUAAAAAUGACAAGACCUCAGCCAAAGUCUCCUUGAAAGCUCCCAGAUCAGUCAGGCUGACUUCCAAGCCCAACAAUGUUGCCGCAAUAGAGGGAACAGACGCCGUUUUCAAGUGUGCUGUCACCCCAGCCGAUGUGCAUGUUAAAUGGCUCCACAACAACGUUCCCAUCACUUCCGGAACCAAGUAUAAGAUUGAGCAUGCCGGCAACUGCCACUCAGUCACCAUCAUCUCCGUCACCGAGAAGGACGCCGGAGAGAUCAGCGUUGAUGCUGAAGGGAAAAGCUGCAAAGCUACUCUUCAAAUCCAAAGUGAGCCGGUGAUGUUUAAGAAAAAGCUUGAGAACUUGACAGUGGAGGAGGAGAGUGAAGCAAAGAUGGAGGUGGAGCUAAGUAAGCCGUCAGAUGAAGUCAAGUGGAUGAAGAACAGCGUUGUGUUGAAGACUUCAGGGAAUGCGGAGGUCCGAGUCGAUGGGGCUAAGCAGGCUUUAAUCUUCAAGAGUGUCACUUGCUCUGACCGCGGAUUCUACUCAUGUGAAACCCUUGAUGACAAAACGCAGGCCAAGCUCACUGUGGAGCCCAAGAAAAUCCACAUUAUAAAGGGUCUUAUUGACACAAAGGCACACGAAACAGAAACAGCCAUCCUUGAGGUUGAGCUCAGCCAGGCUAAUGUUGAGGCUUUGUGGACCAGGGAUGGGAUCAGGCUUAAAUCGGGUCCAGACCACCGCAUUGCAGUUAUGGGAAAGAAGCACAUCCUUACAUUGUCAAAUCUGACGAGAGAGGACGCAGGAACUAUCAGUUUCCAAGCAGAGGACGUGCGUACCUCCUGCAAACUCCGUGUUUCAGAACCUCCUGCUGUGAUCACAAAACCCCUUGUGGAUAUCAGUGUUACUGAGCAGGAGAAGGCGACUUUUGGGUGUGAGGUGUCCAGAACAAAUGCAGAAGUAGAAUGGUUGAAGGAUGAUGUAGGACUGAAACCAGGUAGGAAUUAUAGUAUCCACUCUUUGGCACGAAAACGCACUUUGAUCAUCAACAAGUGCGCACCGGAAGAUGAAGGCACUUACAUCUGUCGCACCACCGAUGACAGCACUAGUGCCAAGCUCACCAUUAAUGCAAGAGAUAUUAAGAUUGUGAAGAAGCUGGAGGAUGUGGAGGUAACGGAGAAGGAGAGUGCAGCAUUUGUCUGCGAAAUUUCACACGACGACGUGGAAUGCCUGUGGUCCAGAGGGGGCGCUAAACUCAAAGCCGGGGACAACAUCAAGAUAAGACAAGAAGGCAGGACACAUAAGGUGCUGUUUAUAAGUGUGUCUCCAGAAGAUGUAGGUGAGAUUACCUUUACAGCCGAGAAGGCCUCUUCGACCGCGGAACUAAAGGUGACAGAACUCCCCGUCAAGUUUGUGAAGAAGCUCAGGGAUAAGAUAGCCAUCUAUAAUCACCGCGGCCGCCUGGAGUGCCAAGUGUCACGGGCCAGCGCCAAAGUCAAGUGGUUCAAAGGCAAGAAGGAGCUCAGGACCGGCAAAAAGUACGAGAUUAAAAGUGAGGACGUGUACCGGAAGCUCACCGUCAACAACGUGGACUCCGGGGAUGAAGACACUUACACGUGUGAUGCCGUUGACGACAAGACGUCAUGUAAACUGCUUGUGGAAGAGCAGUCCAUUAACAUCGUGCGGGAGCUGAGUUCUGUAGAAGUGAUGGAACCCUUCGCCGCUGUCUUCGAAGUUGAGAUCAGCAUGCAACUGGGGAAGGCGCCAAUAUGGACUCUCAGUGGAGUCGCCGUGCAAGACAGCGCUGAUAUCGAGAUAGCGAAGGAGGGCACAAUGCAUCGCCUCACAUUCAAGAAGACCAAAGCGUCGAUGACGGGUCCCGUGCAGUUCACAGCUGGGAAGAGCAAGUCCCUUGCGCAGCUCACAGUCAAAGAGCGUCCUCUUGAGAUUACAGAGUCCAUCAAAGAUGUAAAAGCCAAGGAGAAAAGCUCAGCCAUGCUCUCCUGUAAAUUCUCCGACCCACCCAAAAGGGUGAAGUGGUUUAAAGAAGAGGUACCUCUCUCUCCAUCGGACAAGUACAACAUCAAGCAAGAUGCCACAAGGGCUCAACUCACCAUUCAUAUGCUGACUGAGCAAGAUAGUGGCGAGUACAAAUGUCAGUCGGGGCCAGCCGUGACAAAAGGCACUCUCCUAAUUGAAGUGCGUGAUAUUAAAUUCACCAAGCAUCUAGCUGACACAGAGGUGGACGAGGACAGCGACGCAGUGUUCACCUGCGAGGUCAACUACGCCGAUGAAGAGGCCCAGUGGCUUCUGAAUGACAAGGCGCUCUUUACGGAUGACGUCAUUACCGUAACACACGAGGGGAAAGUUCACAAGGUCAUCUUGAAGAACCUGGCACCUCAGGACGGCGGCAUUAUCACCGUUCAAAUACGCAAAGUGAAGGAGUCUGUCACGCUCAAGGUUAAAGAAAAGCCAUCCCUGUUUCUCAAGUCUCUGGAUGACGUCGUGGGCGAGGAGAAAGGCUUGAUCACUUUGGCUUGUGAGGCGUCAAAGCCCAGAGUUUCUCCCACGUGGAGGAAAGAAGGCAACCUUAUCAAAGCUGGAACCAAAUAUGAGUUCCUUCACACGGGCAAAUCUCUCGGACUUAUCAUCAAAGAUGUGAGCAAAGAAGACGCUGGGGAGUACACUUGUGAUCUUGGGACUGAGGUGUCCAAGGCUAAGGUCACUGUAAGAGAAAUCGGAAUUGGGAUCACAAAGUGGCUGAAGUCAUCUGAGGUGAACGAGGGGGAGACAUGCAGUUUUGAGUGCAUCCUAUCCCGGGAGAGCACUGACGAGUGCUCCUGGACUCUGAAUGGACAAAGUGUGACCAACGGAGGACGCUUCAAAGUCACUAGCAGAGGACGGAAAUACAUGCUCACCAUCAAGGACGUCACCCCUGCUGAUGCUGGAGAGGUGGUCUUCAGCAUUAAAGAUCUCGCCUCGAAAGCAACGCUAAGCGUUGAAGGAAAAGCUUCAUCACUGUCAAGGGAUCUAGAGAAUGUCAGUGUGGUUCAAGGGGAAGACGCUGUCUUUACCUGCGAAGUGACACAAGCUACUUCCAUGGUCAAAUGGACAAAGGAGGGCAAAGCCAUAAAGAAAAGCCAGAGGUAUGACAUCAGAAAAGAGGAGCGGGUCAUGACAUUGGUCAUCUACAGUGUCUCGGCUCGGGACUCGGGAGAAUACAGUUGUGAAGUUGUUGGAGGUGCAACCACGAAGGCCCAGCUUCAGGUUAAAGAUCCAAUCCACAAUUUCACCAAACCCCUGAAAGAUGUCCAAGCUGACGAGAAAACCUCCGUGACUUUAGAAUGCGAGACCGCUCAAAACCCGUCAACGGUGACGUGGCUCAAAGGGCACACGGAGGUUAAGCUUGGCGGUCAGUUCGAAAUGUGUCACAAGGAGUGUGUUCUAACUCUCACCAUCAAACAACUGGAGGAAGAGGAUGGUGAUAUCUACACUUGUGACGUGGGCACGGCCAAGAGCAUGGCAAAGGUGACGGUUAAAGCCCUACCUGCAACUUUUAAAGGAAAGCUCAAGAAUCAAGACGUAAAGGAAGGCGAGGCUGUUACGCUUUGCUGUGAGCUAUCGAAGCGUGCAGCCAACGUCCAGUGGAGGAAGGGUGCUGAAGUUCUCGCUGCUGGAGAAAAGUAUGAAAUGCAGCAGAGGGAGGCGUCAUGCGAGCUGCGCAUUAAGAAUCCUACGACCGACGAUAGCGGAGAGUACUCCUGUCUGUUUGGGGACCAGAAGACAUCGGCAACAGUGAAAGUUAACGCAUUACCGCCGUACUUCACACUGAAGCUGCAGAGUCAGGAGGCCCAAGAGGGAUCUAGGGUUGCUCUACGCUGUGAGACAUCCAAACCUCUAGUCUCAGUGGAGUGGAAGAAGGGAAAGGAGCUCCUCGAUUAUGGAGAUAAGUACCAGAUGAAGCAGGAGGCGUACAACAAUGAACUCAUCAUUUUCCAAGCUGUGCCUGAAGACAGUGGAGAGUACAUCUGUGUGUGUGGAGAGCAGACAACCACUGCCCAGCUGAAGAUUAAAGCUUUGCCGGUAACGUUCACAAAGAAGCUGGAAAGUCAGAAGGCUGAAGAAGGAGCUAUGGUGACGCUGCGCUGUGAGACGUCUAAACCUGGAACUCCAGUGGAGUGGAAGAAGGGAAGGCAGGUCCUCAAGUAUGGAGAUAAGUACCAGAUAAAGCAGGAGGCUUGUAUAAAUGAACUCCACAUCAGCCAAGUUGUACCAGAAGACAGCGGAGAGUACAUCUGUGUGUGUGGAGAACACAGCACUACAGCUAGUCUUACCAUUCACGCCCUACCAGUGACCUUCACAAAGAAGCUUCAGAGUCAGGAGGUUGAAGAGGGAGCUAAGGUGACGCUACGCUGUGAGACAUCUAAACCUGGAGCUUCAGUGGAGUGGAAGAUGGGAAGGCAGGUCCUCAAGUAUGGACAAAAGUAUCAGAUGAAACAGGAGGCUUGUGUGAAUGAACUCCAUAUCAGUCAAGUGGUGCCAGAAGACAGUGGAGAGUACAUGUGUGUGUGUGGAGAACAUAACACUACAGCUAGCAUCACCAUUCACGUCACACCAGUGACCUUUACAAAGAAGCUGCAGAGUCAGGAGGCUGAAGAAGGAGCUAAGGUGAAACUACGCUGUGAGACGUCUAAACCUGGAGUCUCAGUGGAGUGGAAGAAAGGAAAGCAGGUUCUCAAGCCUGGAGAAAAGUACCAGAUGAAGCAAAAAACGUGUAUAAAUGAACUCCACAUCAGCCAAGUGGUGACAGAGGACAGUGGCGAGUACAUCUGUGUGUGUGAUGAACACAACACAACAGCUAGCCUCACCAUUAAAGCCCGACCAGUGUCCUUCACAAAGAAGCUGCAGAGUCACGAGGCGCAAGAAGGAGCUAAGGUGACGCUACACUGUGAGACAUCUAAACCUCUCGUCUCAGUAGAGUGGAAGAAGGGAAAGCAGCUCCUCGAGUAUGGAGAAAAGUACCAAAUGAAACAAGAGGCUUGUAUGAAUGAACUCCACAUCAGUCAAGUGGUACCAGAAGACAGUGGAGAUUACAUGUGUGUGUGUGGGGAACACAACACUACAGCUCGUCUCACCAUUCAAGCCCUACCAGUAACGUUCACACAGAAGCUGCAGAGUCACGAGGCUGAAGAAGGAGCUAAGGUGACGCUACGCUGUGAGACGUCUAAACCCGGAGCUUCAGUGGAGUGGAAGAAGGGAAGGCAGGUUCUUAAGUAUGGAGAAAAGUACCAGAUAAAGCAGGAGGCUUGUGUGAAUGAACUUCACAUCAGUCAAGUGGUGCCAGAAGACAGUGGAGAGUACAUGUGUGUGUGUGGAGAACACAAUACUUCAGCGAGUCUCACCAUUCAAGCCACACCAGUGACCUUUACAAAGAAGCUGCAGAGUCAGGAGGUGGAAGAAGGAACUAAGGUGAAGCUACGCUGUGAGACGUCUAAACCUGGAGUAUCAGUGGAGUGGAAGAAGGGAAGGCAGGUCCUUAAAUAUGGAGAAAAGUACCAGAUGAAACAAGAGGCUUGUGUGAAUGAACUCCACAUAAGUCAAGUGGUGCCAGAAGACAAUGGAGAGUACAUGUGUGUGUGUGGAGAACACAACACUGCAGCUAGACUCACCAUUAACGCCCGACCAGUGACCUUUACAAAGAAGCUGCAGAGUCAGGAGGUGGAAGAAGGAACACAGGUGACACUACGCUGUGAGACGUCUAAACCUGGUGUCUCUGUGGAGUGGAAGAAGGGAAAGCAGGUUCUCAAGCCUGGAGAAAAGUACCAGAUGAAGCAGGAGGCUUGUAUGAAUGAACUCCACAUCAGUCAAGGGGUGACAGAAGACAGUGGCGAGUAUAUCUGUGUGUGUGGAGAACACAACACUGCAGCUAGGCUCACCAUUAAAGCCCGGCAAGUGACAUUUACGAAGAAGCUGCAGAGUCAGGAAGCGGAAGAAGGAGCUAAGGUGACGCUACGCUGUGAGACAUCUAAACCUCUCGUCUCAGUGGAGUGGAGGAAGGAAAAGCAGCUCCUGGAGUAUGGAGAAAAGUACCAAAUGAAGCAGGAGGCUUGUAUGAAUGAACUCCACAUCUGUCAAGUGGUGCCAAAAGACAGUGGAGAGUACAUUUGUGUGUGUGGGGAACACAACACUACAGCUCGUCUCACCAUUCACGCCCAACAAGUGACUUUCACAAAGAAGCUGCAGAGUCAGGAAGCCGAAGAAGGAGCUAAGGUGACACUACGCUGUGAGACGUCCAAACCUUUAGUCUCUGUGGAGUGGAAGAAGGGAAGGCGGGUCCUUCAGCCUGGGGAAAAGUACCAAAUGAAGCAGGGGGCCUGUGUGAAUGAGCUGUUUAUUCAUAAAGCAGCAGAGGGGGACAGCGGAGAGUACAGCUGUGUGUGCGCUGACAGUAAAACGACAGCAAGUCUUCAAAUUAAAGCUGUGAAACUUCUUGCUGCUAACGUGGAUUUAAAGAUGGUACAGGCUACAGAAGCAGUGGAAGCCAGUGGAACUGAAUCAACAUUGGUAGUUAAAAAAGACAAGCAGCAGAAGCAGGAGAUGAAUGAAGCAGUAGAAGCUGUGAUACUGCAGCAGACCCAAGAGAUUUCUACACAGCAACUCAUCAAACAAGAGACUCAGGAGCUCAAAGUUGAAGCCAAUAAACAGGAAACAACAUUGGUAGUUGCUAAGGACAAGCAGAAGAUGCAGGAGAUAAAUGAAACAACGAAAGACCAACCUGUGCUUUUUAAAAGCCAGCUGCAGAACCUGGAGAAGCAGUCAGGGGAGAGCGCUGUUCUCCGCUGUGAGACCACCAAGCCUGGAGCUAGUGUGAUGUGGAGACACAGGGACAGGGUGCUGGCAUCCAGCAGCAAAUAUCACUUGAAACAAGCAGGGACUCUCGUAGAGCUCGUCAUCUAUAAGGUGCAGGGCGUCGACUCGGGAGAAUACUCAUGUGAUACAGGCAGUCACAUAACCUCGGCCAUCCUCACAGUGCAGGAAGUGGACGUGUCAAUAGUGAAAUUCUUGGAGAGCUCCGUCGUACGCGAGGGUGAUGACGUCCGUUUUGAGUGCCUGGUGUCGCAUGAGGACUCACCGUCUGCUCAGUGGACGCUCCAAGACGUCCCGCUGCAGAAUAAUGAAAUGAACGUUAUUAAAGCUGAGGGCCGUACGCACAGCCUCACGCUUCGAGGCGUCACCGCGGCCGACUCUGGCACAGUCACUUUCUCUGUGGGCAACCACACCUCCACGGCCUCGCUCACUGUUGGAGCCGCCGCUGUUUUGUUCAAGAAGAACCUGGAUAGUCAAGAGGGUACAGAAGGAGACAAAGUCACUAUUUCCUGCGAGACAACCAACCCCGACUGCAAAGUGUCAUGGCGGAAGGGCACCACGCUGCUCACACACGGGGAGAAGUACACCAUGCAGCAUAGCGCUGCCUCUCACAGUCUUACCAUUCACAAGCUGAAAAUGGAGGACAGUGGAGAGUAUAGUUGUGACACGGGUGACAAGAAAAGCACUGCUAUUAUCACCGUAAAAGAGAAUGUGCACAUUGUGAGAGAAUUGCACGACGUUACCGUGCUAACCAGGCAGGAUGCCGUCUUUGAGGUGCAGCUGUCUCAUCCCGGUGUGACCAACGCAGAAUGGUGGCUUGCAGACAACCUCCUGCAGAAUAACGACCUGAACCAAAUUAGCAGCGAUGGCAGAGUGCACCGCUUGGUCCUCAAGAUGGUCACCAUGGACGAAUCAGGGGACGUGGCCUUCGUGGUGGGUCAGGAAAAGAGUGUGGCUUGUCUGCUGGUGGAAGAGAAACCCAAAGUGCUUAUCCUAGAAAAGCCGCAUAACACUGCAGCCUUAGAGGGGGAAACCGUCACUCUGGCUUGCACCAUCUCUGACUCCACGGCCACCGUUACCUGGAUGAGAAACAACACGAGCAUCAAAGCUAGUCUCAAGUAUGACCUGAAGAAGAACGGUGCCUUCCAGCAGCUUCGAAUCCACAACGUUGUGCCCGAGGACGCCGGAACGUACACCUGCGACACUGGAGAUGCUCAGUGUGACGUCACCGUCACAGUGGAAGCUGCUCCGGCGUUCUUCAAGACGGAGCUGAAGAACCAGCAAGCGGUCGCGGGUGAUGAUGUCACCCUGCGCUGUGAGGUCUCAAGGCCGGGUGUUCGCGUGGAGUGGAGGAAAGGUGGCAUGGUCCUCACGCCUGGUAAGAAGUAUGAGAUAUGGCAGGAAGGGUGCGUUCAAGAGCUCUGUAUACACAACCUGGAUCCGGAAGACAGCGGUUACUACACCUGUGACGCGGGGGAUCAACUCACCACCGCCUCUGUGGCAGUGCAAGUGAUAGAGGUCUACAUUGUGUCCGGUCUUAAGACCGUCGACGUUUUCGUUGGGCAAUGGGCAACCUUCUCUUGCCAGCUGUCUGGUCAGGCGCCCGGCAAGGUGCAGUGGUGGCUGGAUGGCACUUUGCUGAAGAACAGCCCCACUAUCGAGAUAGGACUGACCGAGAGCCACAUCCACUCGCUCACCUUUAAGAACCUCGCCACAGAUGACUCUGGCACUGUCAUGUUCAAGGCUGGAAAUUUAACAUCAGCAGCCAAGCUCCUUGUCAAAGAUCCCACAGUUGAAGUGGUGAACAACAUGGAGGACCUCAGGGUGCUCGAAAACCAGCCGGCUGAGUUCAUCUGCCAGUUCUCGAGGCCGGUCAAGGCUGAAUGGAAGAAAGACGGGCAGCUAUUGCAGCCCGAUGGCCGCAGGGUGGUAGUGGAGCAGGACUGGACAGUGGCUCGCUUGUACAUUAGCCGUGUGUCUGCUGGAGACACGGGGACAUACUCCUGUGAGGCAGAGGGGACCCGUGUGGUUGCUUCGCUUCAUGUGGAAGCUAAACCUAUCAACAUAGUCCAGGGCCUGGAGAACGUGGAGACCUUUGAUGGGGGAGAAGGGCUCUUCGAGUGCGCCUUAUCCCGCCCAGAGAACAAAGACUGCCAGUGGCUUCUCGGUGACAAACCAGUGAAGCAAUCCCCCAAUGCUGAGAUUGUGUCCUUCGAGAGCGGCCGUCGUCACCUGCUCCUACUCAAAGAGCUGCGGAUUAGUGACAGCUGCACUGUUACCUUCAGAGCAGGCACUGCGUCCACAUCUGCUGAGCUGUCUGUCAAAGGCUGGCAGCUAGGUGUGGUGAAGAGCCUGGAGGACACGGUGGCUGCAGUCGGAGAGAGGGUGGAGUUCUGCGUGAAGCUGACUGAGCCCGUGCCUCCAGCGGAGGUCUUUUGGUACGCUAAUGGAGUGGAACUCAUGCAUGGCGACCUGUGGACCAUGAGGGCCGACGGCUGCUCCUAUCGCCUCAUCCUGAGACAGGCACCGCUUUUGCCCCAACAGGAAAUCACAUUUGCAGCACGAGAUGCUCUCUCUCUGGCCAAGCUCUCCAUUAUUACUGUACCGGACCCCCCAGAGGACCCGGAGGUCUUCAGUAAGACUAAACAAUCUGUCACCCUUUCCUGGUUCACUCCUCUGCAAGACGGAGACAGCCCCAUCCUGGGCUACAAGGUGGAGAUGAGGCUGGCGGACAGCUCUCUCUGGCUUCCUUGUCAUUCUGCUCCCGUGUGUAACACUGAGUUUGUGGUGGAGAAUCUCAUCCCGGGCAGUGGCUACAGGUUUAGAGUGGCAGCUAUUAAUAGAGCCGGCACGGGCGAGCCGGUUGAGCUUCCUCUGACUGUGCAGCUCGAAACGGAGGUAAAAGAAGUCGAGGUGGAGCAACUAGGACAGCCCAGUUUGCCUCCAGAGGCUGCUGAAGAGGGUGACCUUCAUGAACUGUGGGAGGCCUCGGCAAAGAAAAGGCGCAUGAGUCGAGAACCCACUCUUGACUCCAUCACUGAACACCCUGAGGAUGAUAAAAAAGGAGCCCAAACGAAAACUCAACAGGAGAAGGAAGUGAAGUUGACCAAAAAGCAACCUGAGAAUGGUUCUGGGGGAUCUUCAAUUGUAUCGUACCUCAAAAAGAACAGCCAGGUUCAGGUAUCCACUGUGACCUCCGAGGACGAGGAUGCCACUGCGAGGUUCUUCAAACACUUCCAGAUGGUUGAUAAGACAACUGAAAUCAAAACGACAACGACGAUGACUCAGCAGACUGAAACAAAGUAUGUGUCAGUAGAGGACACGGACAUCGUGGAGAUCAGCAAGGAAGACGAGCCUGAGCUGAGAGAAGCUGCUAUUAAGAUCCAAGCGGCAUUCAAGGGCUACAAGGCACGCAAGGACAUGCGGCCUGUCUUUAAGGAUGUAUUCAAAGACCAGACCAAAGAACCUGAUGGCACCAUCCACCUGGAGUGUGUGGCAGAAGGUCGACCUGAUAGAGUACGCUGGCUGAAGGAUGGAGAACCGCUGUGUGACGGCAAGCACCACCAUAUCGACAUCUACAAUGACGGCACAUGUUCUUUGGUCAUCACCGCCAUCACCACAAAAGACACGGGGGUGUACACAUGCGAGGUCACCAAUAAGUUUGGCGUCAUCUCUCACAGUGGGAAGGUGACAGUGGGAACGGUGAGGGAAUCAUCUGGGCGGCGUCCACUCUCAGUGGGCUACAGCGCUGACAGCGAGCCCGACAGCUCAUCGGGCAGCGAGAUGGAUGAAUCCCUGAGGCAGGCCAGCAGACGCCUCCGCCACCUGCUGCGCACAAGCCUCCCCCCGGACGUAGAGGAAGAGCCUUUUGUCAGUGCGGAUGAAGGAGACCUGAAUCCCCCGGAUCCCCACUCGUACCGUGAGGACGACACUUACAUUUACAUCCGCUUUGACACGUGGGGGGAGGCAGACGUGGCCUCAAAGAGGUUCCAGGAGAUGUUUACAAUCCACGGAGUUCCCGUGGAAACCACCAUCUUGGAGGCGGGACAUCUCAAAGUGGAGUUGCGGAUUAGGAAGUUGGGUUAUACUCAGGAUGGAACCGAAACACCUACACAAGAAAAACAGCCUCCUGCAUUCCUGUCUGGAGCUCCUGCUGCCCCGGUCUUCUUGACAGAGUUACAAAAUCAGGACGUCCCAGACGGCUACCCGGUCAGCUUUGACUGCGUGGUGAUCGGAAAACCCUCCCCAGCGGUACGCUGGUACAAAGAUGGCAAACUGCUGGAGGAGAAUGACCAUUAUAUGAUCAACGAGGACCAGGAGGGCUGCCAUCAGCUUAUCAUCACCGCCGUACUGCCCACCGACAUGGGCGUCUAUCGCUGCACGGCGGAAAACAGCAGCGGCAUCGUGGCCACUAGGGCUGAGCUCAGGGUCGACAUGUCUUGCAGCUCUGAUUAUGACACCGCUGCUGAUGCUGCCACUGAAACGUCAUCUUACAUCAGCGCCAAGGGCUACCUGUCCAGGGAGACUGAGACCUUUGAGUCUGUAACAGAAGAUGAUCAGCUGCCACAAAUCGUGGAGGAACUUCACGAUGUUCAUGCCAGUCCAGGUUCACCGAUAGCUAGGAUGCAGCUCAGAGUAAAAGGUUUCCCCAAACCAAGGGUUUAUUGGUUCAAAGAAGGCCAACCCCUGCGGGCCUCGGAACGGGUGUCGUUGUUAGCCCAGCAGGAUGUUCAUGCCUUAGAGAUCCUGGAGGUGAAGAAAGACGACAUGGGGGAGUACUCUGCUUACAUCAGUAAUGCAGCGGGUUCUGCUUACUCCUCUGCCCGACUCAUAGUUCUGAACCCAGGGGAGAUUCUUCCACAAGAUCAGAAAGACUCCCGUGAGUCAUUGGUGCCACCACGUUUCCUGGAAAGGUUCAGCAACAGAAAAGUGAAACAAGGAGCCAGCAUCACGUUAUCUGUCAAAGUGGAAGGGUCUCCCACUCCGAUGGUCUCUUGGCUAAAGGAGGAGUCGCUGGAAGACGUGCUGUGGAUCAAGACCGACACCAAGGGAUACAAAAUAGCAAGCUCAGGACGCCAGCAUAGCCUCAUCUUGAUGGAUGUGGGAACAGAGUACACCGGUGCCUAUACAUGCAUUGCCACUAAUAAGGCGGGACAGUCCAUCUGUACCGCUCACUUCGAGGUGGAUGACACUCCACUACAAAAGAAAGAGACCAAACCCUCAGAAGUUCUUGGGAUUAAAGUCAGUCCACCAAAGGAGGAUGCAAACAGGGGGCAAGAGAGUAAAAUGCCCUACUUAGGAGAGGUCGGUUCAGAGGAAUUCCUCAUGAAACUCACCUCCCAGAUUACUGAAAUGGUAUCAGCCAAGAUCACCCAAGACAGCACACAGAAUCUGGAAGUGCUCCAGUGGAUGAAAUCUUGGCCCAAAACUACCACUUCAUUGCGAGUGCCAGGCGCUGACAGCGACGACGAGACCAAGACACCUUCGGCGUCACCUCAUCACGGCCGCUCUCGUCCCCCCUCCCUCGUGGCGGACUCCUCCUCUGAAUCUGAUGAAGGGGAUGCCAGGGGAGAGAUGUUUGAUAUCUAUGUAGCGACAGCCAACUACGACCCCACUGUGGCAAGCAAAGAGUCUAUUUCCCUGAAGGAGGGACAGUAUGUAGAGGUUUUGGACUCGGCUCACCCGCUCAAGUGGUUGGUACGGACCAAACCCACCAAGAUGACGCCAUCCCGCCAAGGCUGGGUGUCACCUGCCUACCUGGACAAAAAACUUAAACUGUCUGCAGAUGCAGGCGACAUUCCAGAGGCAAGUGUUGAAGAGGUGUCUGAGGGAGAAUACAAGAAGAAGUUAUUCCAACUGAUCCAGGACUUGAUCGGCGGUGAAUCCGAGUUUGUCAAAGAGAUAGGCUUCUUCACGGGUCAUCACCUGAGGCACGCCGACAGCCCGGAUGCACCAGCUGACGUCAGCAGCCAGAAAGAGUCCAUAUUUAGAAACAUCGAGGACAUUAAGGAGUUCCACAACAAGGCUUUCCUUCCCAAUUUGAGCGACUGUGACACAGACGAUGACGUGGCCAUGUGCUUCCUGAAGAACAAGGAGGGCUUUGAGAAGUACCUCCAAUAUCUUGUAGGCCAGAGCCAGGCUGAGUGUGCCGUCAGUGACAAAACAGUGCACCACUUCUUCAAGGAGUACAUGGGAAAGGAACAAGCCACUGCCGACCAGCCUGUACGCAGCAUCAACACCUACCUCCAGCAGCCUCUGGAGAGGAUUCAGAAGUAUAAAGUCUUCCUCAAGGAGCUCAUUCGAAACAAGGCAAGAAAUGGCCAGAACUGCUGCCUCCUGGAGGAAGCAUACGCCAUGGUGUCUGCGCUUCCUCAACGAUCUGAGAACACACAUCACGUCUCCAUGAUUGAGAACUACCCCGCCACCCUUGAAGCGUUAGGAGAGCCUCUCAGACAGGGACCUUUCCAAGUGUGGGAGGGCGCUCCUGGUAUAAGAACAUCUUCUAGAGGUCACCACCGCCACGUCUUCCUCUUCAAGAACUAUUGCAUCAUCUGCAAAUCCAAAAGAGACAGCAACAUUGACACACAAACAUAUGUCUUUAAGAACAUGAUGAAGCUGAACAACAUUGACGUGAACGAGACCGUGGAGGGUGACGAUCGUGCUUUCGAGAUCUGGCAUGAACGUGAGGAUUCUGUGAGGAAAUACACCUUGCAGGCCCGAACUGUUACCAUCAAAAACUCGUGGUUGAGAGACCUCAGAGAACUUCAACAGAGAUACACCAUGACUGCCUGGAGUCCUCCUGACUUUGUGGAAAUUCUGGCAAACUGCACAGCCGAACUCGGACAGACCGUUAAACUAGCGUGCAAAGCCACAGGAGUACCCAAACCUACCAUCACCUGGUACAAAGAUGGACGCAUCGUGGAGGCAGACCCUCAUCACAUCAUCAUCGAGGAUCCCGACGGCUCCUGCACGCUCAUUCUGGAUAACAUGACGGCAGAAGACUCGGGCCAGUAUAUGUGCUUUGCGACAAGCUCAGCCGGCAACGCCAGCACUCUGGGCAAGAUCACUGUUCAGGUGCCUCCUCGUUUUGUGAACAAAAUGAGGAAUGCUGUCUUGGUCGCUGGUGAGGACACUCAGUUCACCUGUGUCAUUCAGAGCGCCCCCAGUCCUAAAAUCAGAUGGUUCAAGGACAGCAGGCUGCUGACAGACCAGGAAAAGUAUCAGACCUACUGUGAGCUUCGCAGUGGGGUUGUGGUUUUGGUGAUCAAAAACUUGACAGAGCGGGACCUGGGGCAUUAUGAGUGUGAGUUGUCUAACCGUCUUGGCAGUGCCAGGUGUGCUGCAGACUUAGUCCUUCCUUCUGCUGCUGGCUCUGGUGAGCAGGCCAUUGUUAUUGAAGUUACUGAACAAGAGACAAAAAUACCGAAGAAAACCAUCAUUAUUGAGGAGACUAUAACCACAGUGGUGAAGAAUCCCCGUAUGAGGAGGCACAAGUCCCCUGGCUUGAUGGUGGCUGGAGCUCACCGCACGGAAAUUUCCACCUCAGAAACCUCCACAACCAGGACAAGAAGGAUGGCCCCGCCGAGGAAACCCACAAUCCCGACCUUCUAUGUCACUGAGGCCCUGAGUACCGAGGCGAGUGCUGCCGCCACUGUGGAGAACGAACCCAGUUGGGUUGAGGUGGAAGAGGUGAUCGAGUACAAGGUGAAUAAAUCUCCUCGAUUGUCAAGGAGGAGGGGCGUGUCGCCGGCGGUCUCUGAUCGCGCAACCACUCCUUCCAGACCUAAACGAUCCCCACCGGAAAACCCGAAUGCAAACAAUUCUAACAACAAUCUAGUAGAGCAGGCCUAUACCCUAGAAGCUUCUGAUUCUCCACCAGGAGUAUCGGUUCUUACAGCUGGAGAGCAAGUCAUGGAGGAUCAACAAACCGUCAUUUGGGAACCUGAUGAGGACAGUGAGUUUGAUUACUGCGGAAAACAGGAAGCAAAGAUGCCAACACCUGGGGCUCGUGUUUUAGCACUGGAAGACUUGGAGGAUUAUGUCCCAGAGGAAGGAGAAUCUUACGGAUCAACCAGCUGCGGUCCUGAUGAGAAACCUUGUGAGAUCGCAGUCCUCCAAAGAGAGAUCGGAGGCUCCAGUGUGGGACAACCGGUACUCCUCAAUGUGGGACGUCCUGUGUUGGCUCCAAGGCAGAGGGGCGGCUUCUUCACCCGCUUCCGAGAGCAUCUCCCCGGCAGCCUGUUCUCACCCACCGCCCCUCAGGCAAGCGGGUCCACGUCGGAACGCCAAGUCCCCAUUCAAGUGAGCCGCGCAAAGCUGGAGGUGAAGCCAUCUUACUGCUCCGAGGUGCAGAGAGUGGAAGGCGGGCAGCAGAGCUUUAAAACCAAAAUAUCUACUCAGACGUACGACUACACACCAGUGGGAAACCCUGUCACGCUUGAGAUUAGCGACGAUGACCAGAACCAGAACCAGUAGCUGUUUAACAUCAAUAAACCUUUUUAGUCUUAAAUGGGGCUGACUCCAUGAAGAUAACUUUAAACUAAAAUAUAACCAAACCAUUCCAUAUCAGGAAAUACUUUUUUCCCUGCCUAGUGGUUUUUAAGCGAUCCUUAUUGGGUCAUCACAACAUCAAAACUAAACCAUGUUUGCCUUAACCUCAACUUUUGACACAAAACCUACUUAUUUCUGUCACAAACACUGAAAGACAUGAUAAACAUGCAUUUUGCAGCAGUUGAGACAGAAUGUAUUGUAGUACUUGGCUGCAGCCAGCAGAGGUGCUGUUGAUUAUACUAGUCUAAAGAACAGCUGUGGGAAACUUGACUUAAGAGUUCAGAACAUUUAGACAGAGUUUCUUAUCCCAGAACUAUAAAAUACUUUGAAAUAGUUAUCACUUGUCCUUGUGGGUCAACGAAAUUGAGUGAAUAAAUAAAUGAUGGCCAUGUAAGGAGCGUUCAGUCGCACAAUGUGCUUUGUAUUGUUUGGACUGACGCAACCGCUGAAGGGCCACUGUUUGUCAUGAGGACAGUAAAACACACACAAAGUAUUGAAGUACACUCAUAAUGACUGGAUUUUAGACAAUCGAUGCAUUAUGAACAUGUAGUUCUAAAACUAAAACAUUAAAGAGAGUUACUAGUGUUGUGUUGUUUGCUUUUGAGUUUAUUUAAAUGUAUCACUCACGGUUACACAUACUUUAAGUUGGCUUUCUUUGUGGAUAAUACGUUAUUAAAAAGGUAAUCCAGAGACAUGUCUGUUUUUAAGUAAAUUAUUUUUGUGAGCACCAGUAAUGUACGAUGUCACUAUCACCAGUAAUUGUGUUCUCUUUGGAGACAUUUUAGCGCCGUGUCAUGUGGUUCAAUAAUGUGUGAGCUCACGGUUUUUGUUGAGUUCUUUUUUUUUUUUUUUAGAUAAUUGACUUGCAUGGCUUUGCUUUUUCAAAGCAGUUAGUAACUUAAUGACUUGAAGGAUUAAAGACUGUACUGUUUGUUUCAGAUUUACCGCACUCACAGCUUGCGAUUGCUUGUAAAUGUGUAGUUUUUCAAAAGAAAAUGUCUUUCAAAUGUGUUCAAAUUUGAAUAUUAAAAAAACUUG